AGAAAAAGGGGAGAAAAAAAAGUGGCUAGAUUAUCCUUUACUAAAAAUUGGACCGAGGAAGAAGUGUGGGGGAGGAGCAUGGGUUCCUCUUCAGUCUUGGCUGUCUCUCAUCCUUCUCUUCACUUAGCUUCCAACAAUUUAGUCCUCUUUGCAAAACCCAGUAUCCCAUUAAAGUCUUUCCAAAUUAAGAGCUCUAAAAUACCAACACUUUCUUUUUCUUCUUCUUCAUUGCCAUCUUCUUGCUUAUCGGUUCUUCACAAGUCCCUUCCUUUGGCCGCUUCAGCUCUCAUUCUUCUCUCCUCAUAUCCAGCUAAAGCUGGAUUUCUUUCCGGAUUUUCCGGGAUAGAAUCUGUUCCUGGUCCUGAGUUGCCUCAAAUUGACUUUCUUAAUCGCCUCAAUGAAGAAAACCAGAAAAAGUACGCAGAAAAUGAUGCAAGAUUCAGAGAAUCUCCCCUGCUCAAGAAGCUACUAGAGCGAUCCAAAUUGAAUUUAGAAAAGAAUCGCCAAGAAGUUCAGGACAAGUACUGCAUACGUGGUGCGGAAUGGGGAGUUGGAGAUUGCUCGGCGGAGGGAAUGUCUCCAGAAGAAAAAGAGAAUUUCAUUUCCAUGUUGAAGCAGAAAGCUGGUGUGAAAGAAUGAUUAAGAAGCAAUCUCGCGUAGCUGAUAUUGCUUUCCAUUUAAGUUUAGCAGCAAUCACUUAUCCAAAUCUUCCAUGAUUUAUCACAUUCUUUGAACAAGCUGGUUAUAUUGUUUUGCUUGCUUGUUUAGCAUGUGAUAGUUUUUCCUGUCGUUCUAUAAGGAGAGGAAACAGGCCCCUUUUUUUCCUCUAACAAAUGUUCAACCAUUUAUCUUUUUUCUUAA